AUGCACGACGGGACGCUGAGGCCCAAGUCCCGCGAGGACGCCCGUGCCUCCAGGAGCCUUCAGCGCUGCACGUCGGCACCAGGGCUGCUCCAGGGAGAGCAGUACUUGCCACCUUGGAUUGAAAAGUCCAAGUAUGAGUUGGCGCUCAGCAAGAAGCCGCCCAGUUGGUCCGCCGGCGCCUUCGCGGCUCGUGGGCACAGCGCCACGCCCGGGGCACCGAAUGAGCUCGGCACGGUUUGGGCGGGUGGAGUCAAGGGCAGGUUGGAGAGGUUGGUUGGUCAGCACGAAGGGGGUUUCCCCGCGGUUUCCGUGGGGGGGUGA